AUGUGUGAGUGUGAACUCAGGAUGAAGAUCCUCCUCCUCAUCUUCACCCUCUGUCUGAUCUCAGAUCUGUCCUAUAAGAAGUCGAUCAGUGAGACUGUCCAUUUAGGAGGAGAUUUGAACAUCAGCUGUAAAUACCCAGAAUCCCUCAGGAGUAAUCCCAAGUUUCUCUGCAAGACGAGCCUAAAAGAUUCCGCUUGUUCUCAUAAAAAAUAUGUUAAUCAAAGUGGAAAAUUCUCCCUGUAUGAUGACAGAGAAAGACAAAUCUUGAGUGUGAGUAUUAGAAAUGUAACUGAGCGAGACUCUGGUGAAUACUGGUGUGGAGCUGAAGCAGCCUGGGAAUCUGAUGAUGGAUACGAGGUUUAUUUCACACAGAUCAACCUGACAGUUACUGAUACAAGUCAGCCAGGUUCAACAUUGAAGCCAACACAACCUUCAUCAUCAUCAUCAUCAUCAUCACUAUCUCAGCCUUCUUCAGCAUCUUCUUCAGCAGUCUCCACCUUGAUCCCUGUGUCUGUAAUUCUGCUGCUGCUUCUGAUUGGAUUCAUAUUCCUCACUUUAAUUUUCCAAAAGAGACGCAAGAUGCAAGGUAGAGCAACUACUGACCAGUGUCCUGUCCAAAACUUCAAUAGUGACCAAGGGGUUCCCCUUGUUGUCUGUGAGUAUGAAGAGAUUAAAGACACCAGAGACCUUUCUGCAUCAGAUGCUGGAACUUCUGCAGUUUAUUCUAAUGUUCGACUGCCCACAAAACCCUUUAAUCCUUUGCAACCUCUUUAUGACACCACAGUCUUACCCACAAUCCCCUGUGACUCUACUAUUUAUUCUAAUGAUCAGUUACCCACAAUGCCCUCUGAUCAGGACGUCUACUCCACAGCUCAGUUACCCACAGGUCUUUCAAAUGAGAAACCUGCUGAAGGUGUGACUUACGCAACAGUGAGUUUUCACUCCAACACCAGCAGCUCUAAUGAUGCAGUUCCACAGGUUGGAGAAGACGUCACUUCUGAGUACGCUUCAGUCAGUCACGGUACUUCAUCUGUUUAG